ACCCACCUUGUUCCAAAAAGGGAGAAAAAAAAAACGGCGCCCCCGUUGACCUCCGGUGAAAUCCCCAUGGCAGCGCCGCCCUCCUCCGCCUCUGCCUGCUCCGGCGAGCGGUGGCCUCCACUGGAGUCCAGCCCAGAAGUAUUCAACCAGUUCAUGUGGUCGCUGGGAGUCCCCCGGGGCGAGGCCGAGUUCCACGACGUGUACGGGCUAGACUCAGAUGCGCUGGCCAUGGUGCCCCAGCCCGUGCUGGCCGUCAUCUUCUGCUUCCCCGAUCCGCCCGAGGAUCCAAGCGCUCCUCCAGAACAAGUCUUGGCUACUGAAGACAAGGACGCUUGGGAUCAGGUCUAUUUCAUAAAACAAGUGGAAUCAUUAGGAAAUGCUUGUGGAACUAUCGCUUUGCUUCAUGCUGUUGGAAAUGCACAUUCAGAAAUCAGUUUAUUGGAGAAUUCAGGCUUGGACCUGUUUUUCAAAUCAACAGCCAGUAUGGACCCAUAUGAGCGUGCCAGAGUGUUGGAGAAGAAUGAUGACAUGGCAAGAGCUCACUCAUUGGCUGCCAGUGCUGGUGACACAGAGAUUGGCGACAUUGUAGAAGAGCAUUAUGUUUGUUUCACAGCCCUCAGUGGGGCACUUUACGAGCUUGAUGGCAUGAAGAGUGGACCAAUAAAGCUUGGUUCCUCAUCUCCUGAAAGUUUACUGCAGGAUGCCGUGCAUGUCAUUAAGGCCAUGAUGCACAGGAUUCCCAAUUCGGUGAACUUCAAUGUGAUGGUGCUAUCAAGGAGCCCGAAGUGAAGAGGUGAUGUUUCUGAUAAUUUAUCUGCAGUUCAGCAACUCAAAAUGACUUGCCGAAUCAUUCAGAGCACGGCCUCGAUCCUCUGUUGGUUGUUAAACAUGUAACGAAGGGAUUUGUGCUUGAUCAUACGGAGGCCACGCAUCAUCCCUUUGCCUUUGCCGCCA